AUGUUAGCUGCAGCUUAUUCAACUAUCAAAUAUCAAUCGUCUUUGAAAAGCAGAUAUUUCAUGAGAUUGCGUUUAUUGGAGUCAAGCGCCAGCUGGUCAGGUUCAAAUGUUAGUCGCUCUAUUUCAACAACCCAUGGAUUUGAUUACACAAAAAUACUGCAGAAGGAACCUCCUGAAUUAGACUAUCUGGAUUAUGGACUCAAAAGGGAUUGUACACAAGGAGAUUACCAGACGUUUUGCGAAAAGUUUUUAAUGGAAUCAGAACCAACAAAAGAGGCUUUUUUAAAAGUAUUCUUUAGUACUCCCACUGUGUACAAUCCUGAGUUUUUGCAGAAGUCUCAAAGUGGGUCGAUACUGACGGAAGAUAGAAUAUUAAAAGAUGAGCAACAAAUUAUCAAUACUCUUCCAUUUAAAGCCCUGUCGGAUCUGAGUUUCAAAGAGUACCAAAUCAGAAUGGAAGAAAUACAACAGUCUGAAAUGAGCAGUUUAAUUGAUCAAGAGUAUAAAAAUUUCAAAGAACUCUUUUUGCAAUCCCCCAAUGGCGCCGGAUAUACAAAAGGUCAAAUGUUAACAACUUUGAUAGAUACGAGCGCUUUUAAGAAUUAUCGAGAAGUUAACACGGAAGAAGAUGUGGCACGUCAAUUUCAAAGCAAACUUUUGACACCAAUAGAGAACGUAUUUGAAUUAAGUGGUCAUUCAGAUGUUAGUAUAAAUUAUUUAUGUCAAAUCCCCCUACGUGAUCCAAGACGUACCAGAAAUAUUAAACGUGCAGAUUUUGAGAAUCAACUGAAAAAAAAAUUGAUUAUAGGGGAAAUAAAACACCAUUUUGAUAGUUUGGAAAGUGAAUUACAAGGAACCAAAGAACUCUCAAAGAAAACCUUGGAGUCCAUUACUCAGUGUGUUAGAUAUUGUGCCCUUUCACAUUGUGAAUAUGGUUUUUUAACUUCUUUGACAGAAACAUUGCUCAUUCAAAUUGAUUAUGAUAAAUGUAAUUACAUGGGAACAGAUGAUGACAAUAUCAUUCAAAUCAGGUAUUAUUAUUUGAAGAACAUGGAUGAAAAGGUUACCAUGAAAGCUUUGAUGAUGAGUAUACUUAUGAAACAAUUAAAAAACACAAAAUCAGAUAAUUCCCAAGAGCUGCAGGCUUAUAAUCAAAAAAAGAGUGAAAACUUUUUGAAUUUCUUGCUAAAAUCAGAUCGUCAAUUCGAAUCAGAUUUUCAAGACAUGAAAAAUGAAUUGGCCUUGAAGAUGAAACCAAUUGGUGAAACAUUUACACUAUAUGUUGAUCAUAAAUCCAUUAAAUCGUCAACUGAGGACCAGGUGUUGACCUUCAAAAUACGUAAAAGUGACCUUAUAGGUGAUGCAACUGCAGAUAAAGCUGAAGAAACAAUAGUCAGAAUUUUUGAUCCAAUGACAAUGAAAUCACCAUAUGAUGAAGUAAAGGAUAACAUUGACUUCUCAAGAAAUUGUUAUUUGUCAGUACUAGAAUCACUAGAGUAUCUGGAUGGAUCAAACGUCAAUAAACCUGUUGUGGUGAAAAAAGGUUUUAUAAUUAUAAGGGACCGAUUAAAUAAUAAUGUGCUAGCAUCAGGUCAAUUUAUUGCCUAUGCGUUGUCAAAACAAACUCAACAAUCCUCAGAUGUUUAUUCCAAACAAACAUUAGCUGAUCUAGCUAAGGAGCAAAUGAAGAAAUUGCACUCGAGAGGGUUCAAUGUUUCAAAAAAUGAAAUUGAUUUAGAUCCAAACCAGGUUAUACUAGAUGAAAAAAACAGAGUUUGCUUACUAGAGCCUUUGAGAUCUCCAUUUUUUCAGCCUAUAUCACAGGAAGAUCAGAGAAAUGAGCAGAGAAUGCUGGAUGAAGCCAUUGCAAAGAGGGAUUGA